AUGGAUCGCGACUUGGAAGCUGGUCGCCCUGCUCCCGUUACGCCGGACUCUCCCCAGGAGUCUCGUAAGCUGCACAUUCGAUGGUUCGCUGUGCUGGCGACAUUGCUCAUGGUUUGCGUGUACAUGCUGCAAGAGCACGUCACCUCCUUCCAGUUUGUAAAGCAACUUGGUUACAGUCUCCACGGAGCGCCUGCAAGGCCGGGCAACUCGAGCCUCUUUCGGCCGCCUGUCGCCAGGGUACCAGCAAAUGCCAAGAGGCACGACGUGAGCGAGGUCAUCAAGUUCCAUGGUCAGAGUGUGGCAUCUGCGACUUCGAAUUUCGUGAUGUUCGAUGUCGACAGUGCAAUGUUUAGUUGGCUGAAAACCAAAGGCGAGCAGUUCGUGCAGGACAUCUUCCACCAGACGCUGGAUACAAUCUGCCGGGUGGACAUGUCCCCAAGUGAGGCUUGGGAGAAGGCCGUAGUUCUGGACAUUGGCUCGAACACUGGGUUCUACGGCUUGCUUGCUCUGGCGAAGGGCUGUGCAGUCGUUUUCGUAGAGCCGCAGCCCGAAUGUAACGCGCUGAUCUCCUGGUCCAUCCGAGAGAGUGGCCUGGACGAGCGAAAGGUUCGGCGCGUACAACAGCCGGUGGGUGGAGAGGAGGAGUUGGGCAAGUCACUGACAGUGCGGUCUGACAACCAUUGCUCAGGGAGGUUUCCUAUCGAAAAUGCAGAGCGCGGUCACAAAGAUGCAUAUGGCUCCAGUGCAGCGUCGGCAGACUCGAAAGCCUCAAUGCAAAUCCCUUUUCUGCCAGUGUCCAACAUGCUAGAGCUCGUGGGCUUGAAUGCAAGCAGCAAGAUACAGCUGAUCAAGAUCGAUACCGAGGGGAACGAGCUGCAGAUACUGGAAGCUAUGCUACCGCUUUUGCAUUCUUGGCAGGUUUCGAACAUGGUUGUCGAGGUGACUCCAAUGUGGUGGCGCCACACGGGCUACUCCAAAAACACAGGGGCUGAGAUUUUUGAGCAGAUUGCUGACCUGGGCUUUUCCGGGAGCACGAUUCGGGGCCAUGAAAUCACGGACGCGGCUGCGAUGCACGACUACAUAAUGCUCGGUCACAUCUACCAAGACGACCUGUGGCUUCGACGAAACACCAGGGCUUCCGGAGAAACGUCAGACGGCCAGCCUUCGGAUUCUGUUGAGCCAAGCCUUUACGCUGCAAGCACUUCCAAUGCUUCUGCAAAUGGCAGCAGUGAAGCCACAUUUUUCGGCACUAGCACAGAGGAGCCACUUGCCAUGUCUUUAUAUGUGCCGGCACAGACGGCAUUGCCAGCAAAUGCCAAGAGGCACGACGUGAGCGAGGUCAUCAAGUUCCAUGGUCAGAGUGUGGCAUCUGCGACUUCGAAUUUCGUGAUGUUCGAUGUCGACAGUGCAAUGUUUAGUUGGCUGAAAACCAAAGGCGAGCAGUUCGUGCAGGACAUCUUCCACCAGACGCUGGAUACAAUCUGCCGGGUGGACAUGUCCCCAAGUGAGGCUUGGGAGAAGGCCGUAGUUCUGGACAUUGGCUCGAACACUGGGUUCUACGGCUUGCUUGCUCUGGCGAAGGGCUGUGCAGUCGUUUUCGUAGAGCCGCAGCCCGAAUGUAACGCGCUGAUCUCCUGGUCCAUCCGAGAGAGUGGCCUGGACGAGCGAAAGGUUCGGCGCGUGCAACAACCGGUGGGUGGAGAGGAGGAGUUGGGCAAGUCACUGACAGUGCGGUCUGACAACCAUUGCUCAGGGAGGUUUCCUAUCGAAAAUGCAGAGCGCGGUCACAAAGAUGCAUAUGGCUCCAGUGCAGCGUCGGCAGACUCGAAAGCCUCAAUGCAAAUACCUUUUCUGCCAGUGUCCAACAUGCUAGAGCUCGUGGGCUUGAAUGCAAGCAGCAAGAUACAGCUGAUCAAGAUCGAUACCGAGGGGAACGAGCUGCAGAUACUGGAAGCUAUGCUACCGCUUUUGCAUUCUUGGCAGGUUUCGAACAUGGUUGUCGAGGUGACUCCAAUGUGGUGGCGCCACACGGGCUACUCCAAAAACACAGGGGCUGAGAUUUUUGAGCAGAUUGCUGACCUGGGCUUUUCCGGGAGCACGAUUCGGGGGCACAAAAUUAAGGACGCAGCUGCGAUGCACGACUACAUCAUGUUUGGUCACAUUUAUCAAGACGACCUGUGGCUUCGACGCAAUGCCACGGCUUCUGGAGAAACGCGAGACGGCCAGCCUUUGGAUUCUUUUGAGCCGAACCUUUACGCUGCAAGCACUUCGAAUGCUUGGGCGAGUGGCGCCUAUGAAGCCACAUUUUUCGGCACUAGCACAGAGGAACCACUUGCUAUGUCUUUGUAUGUGCCUGCACAGACGGCAUUGCCAGCAAAUGCCAAGAGGCACGACGUGAGCGAGGUCAUCAAGUUCCAUGGUCACAGUGUGGCAUCUGCGACUUCGAAUUUCGUGAUGUUCGAUGUCGACAGUGCAAUGUUUGGUUGGCUGAAAACCAAAGGCGAGCAGUUCGUGCAGGACAUCUUCCACCAGACGCUGGAUACAAUCUGCCGGGUGGACAUGUCCCCAAGUGAGGCUUGGGAGAAGGCCGUAGUUCUGGACAUUGGCUCGAACACUGGGUUCUACGGCUUGCUUGCUCUGGCGAAGGGCUGUGCAGUCGUUUUCGUAGAGCCGCAGCCCGAAUGUAACGCGCUGAUCUCCUGGUCCAUCCGAGAGAGUGGCCUGGACGAGCGAAAGGUUCGGCGCGUGCAACAACCGGUGGGUGGAGAGGAGGAGUUGGGCAAGUCACUGACAGUGCGGUCUGACAACCAUUGCUCAGGGAGGUUUCCUAUCGAAAAUGCAGAGCGCGGUCACAAAGAUGCAUAUGGCUCCAGUGCAGCGUCGGCAGACUCGAAAGCCUCAAUGCAAAUACCUUUUCUGCCAGUGUCCAACAUGCUAGAGCUCGUGGGCUUGAAUGCAAGCAGCAAGAUACAGCUGAUCAAGAUCGAUACCGAGGGGAACGAGCUGCAGAUACUGGAAGCUAUGCUACCGCUUUUGCAUUCUUGGCAGGUUUCGAACAUGGUUGUCGAGGUGACUCCAAUGUGGUGGCGCCACACGGGCUACUCCAAAAACACAGGGGCUGAGAUUUUUGAGCAGAUUGCUGACCUGGGCUUUUCCGGGAGCACGAUUCGGGGGCACAAAAUUAAGGACGCAGCUGCGAUGCACGACUACAUCAUGUUUGGUCACAUUUAUCAAGACGACCUGUGGCUUCGACGCAAUGCCACGGCUUCUGGAGAAACGCGAGACGGCCAGCCUUUGGAUUCUUUUGAGCCGAACCUUUACGCUGCAAGCACUUCGAAUGCUUGGGCGAGUGGCGCCUAUGAAGCCACAUUUUUCGGCACUAGCACAGAGGAACCACUUGCUAUGUCUUUGUAUGUGCCUGCACAGACGGCAUUGCCAGCAAAUGCCAAGAGGCACGACGUGAGCGAGGUCAUCAAGUUCCAUGGUCAGAGUGUGGCAUCUGCGACUUCGAAUUUCGUGAUGUUCGAUGUCGACAGUGCAAUGUUUAGUUGGCUGAAAACCAAAGGCGAGCAGUUCGUGCAGGACAUCUUCCACCAGACGCUGGAUACAAUCUGCCGGGUGGACAUGUCCCCAAGUGAGGCUUGGGAGAAGGCCGUAGUUCUGGACAUUGGCUCGAACACUGGGUUCUACGGCUUGCUUGCUCUGGCGAAGGGCUGUGCAGUCGUUUUCGUAGAGCCGCAGCCCGAAUGUAACGCGCUGAUCUCCUGGUCCAUCCGAGAGAGUGGCCUGGACGAGCGAAAGGUUCGGCGCGUGCAACAACCGGUGGGUGGAGAGGAGGAGUUGGGCAAGUCACUGACAGUGCGGUCUGACAACCAUUGCUCAGGGAGGUUUCCUAUCGAAAAUGCAGAGCGCGGUCACAAAGAUGCAUAUGGCUCCAGUGCAGCGUCGGCAGACUCGAAAGCCUCAAUGCAAAUACCUUUUCUGCCAGUGUCCAACAUGCUAGAGCUCGUGGGCUUGAAUGCAAGCAGCAAGAUACAGCUGAUCAAGAUCGAUACCGAGGGGAACGAGCUGCAGAUACUGGAAGCUAUGCUACCGCUUUUGCAUUCCUGGCAGGUUUCGAACAUGGUUGUCGAGGUGACUCCAAUGUGGUGGCGCCACACGGGCUACUCCAAAAACACAGGGGCUGAGAUUUUUGAGCAGAUUGCUGACCUGGGCUUUUCCGGGAGCACGAUUCGGGGGCACAAAAUUAAGGACGCAGCUGCGAUGCACGACUACAUAAUGCUCGGUCACAUCUACCAGGACGACCUGUGGCUGGCACGAAAAAGGUGUAUCUUCAUCGGGAAGGUUGCCGAAGAUGCGCAGCACGAAGCACCGGUGUCCAAGAAGACCAACUACACGGCGGGCCUACUGCAGAAGGAGAUGCUGUUGCGAGCCCUGAACUUCUGCAGUGCAGAUCAGCUGAAGGUGACGUUGGAGAACUCCGGCACAGUCCUGGCAGAGGCCGUGCUUCCGAUGAGGGCCUCCAUCCCCGAUGUGCUGCUGGCGUAUGCCAGCUCCGACUCACAGGAUGUGGAAGAGCCAGUUCUUCUUCCGCCGAACAAGGCAUGGCUGCCACGGCAUCGAGCAGUCCUGCGGCCAACCGGCCUGCAGGACUUCAGCGCGCAAGGUGCUGGCGGCUGGGGCUCUAAGCAGCCAUACAUCGAAAUCGAGUUGCUGCAGUUGGUGGACGGGUCUUUGCCCGCCGCGCUGGGGAGCAAGCCGCUCAUGCUGGCCUUGGAGAACAAGCAGGAGCAGCUCGUGCGCGGGUACCUAUCCUUCGACUAUGUUGAAAGACUAAGCCUGCAGGAGCAGGCUCUCUGCAUCACUGCGGCAAUUCAGCAGCGGUCACCAUUUAUGCUCCUCCAGCUUCUGGAUCAGAUCCAUCCUACGCAUGAGCACCUGAUCAUGGCCAUCCGGCUUGGGCAAGAGCAUCUGCUGGAUCCUUUGCUCCACGCCGGCGGCCUCGCCCUCGUGCGCUCGUCCGGGACUCGGCCCGGCAAAAGAGAAGCGGCUGCUGCGCCGCACUCAAGGCUCGAAGAGCAAGAAGAGCAAGUGCACGUCGCAGCCCAGCGAGUGCUGAGUUCCUCUUCUUUUCUUGUGGCUUUCGGUCCACUGCGGCAGAGGUUCCCCCAGAUCAAUCCGCGAACCUCGGAGACUUUCAAAGUCUACGAAGAGAUGGGCGCCGACGAGGUGCAGCAAAUUCUGUCAAGUGCAGCCGCUGCUCAGCAGGCCUGGCGCCGGCGAAGUGCCUCGGAGCGGGUGGCGGCCUUUGCGCCCUUGGCAUCAGCACUGCGCAGCCGAGCGGAGGAGGUUGCGGAUCUCGUUUGCCAAGAGAUGGGGAAGCCGGUCCAGCAAGGCAAGGCGGAGGUGCUGAAGUGCGCGUACCUAGUCGACUGGUACGUCGAAAACGGGGCCAAGUUCCUGGAAGACACGGAGUAUCCGGCCCUUCCAGGCUUUCAGAAGUCCUUCGUGACCUACCAGCCCUUGGGAACGGUGCUUUCUGUCAUGCCGUGGAACUUCCCAAUCUGGCAAGUCAUCCGCAUGGGCAUACCUACCCUGAUGGCUGGGAAUGCUGUUCUGUUGAAGCAUGCCCCGAAUUGCUUCGGCAGUGGGCUAGCUUGUGAGGAUAUGCUUGCCCAGCUAGGCAUCCCAGAUGGUCUCUUCCGGUCUCUGAUCAUUGACGUGCCGCAAGUAUCAACUGUUCUGGAGCACCCCUCCGUGCAAGGAGUUGCCCUGACUGGCUCGGAGGGUGCCGGCCGCGCAGUCGCCGCCAAAGCUGGGGGAUUACUGAAGAAGGCCGUCAUAGAACUGGGCGGCAGCGAUGCCUACGCGGUCCUGGCAGACGCAGAUCUGGACGUAGCUGCAGACGCCGUGGUGAAUGCUCGCGUAGCCAACUCAGGGCAGACCUGCAUCGCCCCAAAGAGGGCCAUCGUGGACAAGCGCAUCAAGGCUGCCUUUGAGCAGAAAGUGUUAGAGAAGGUGGCUUCGAAGAAGUACGGCGUGGAUUUUGGACCCCUGGUGCAUCCCAAAGGCCGCGAUGACGUGGCAGCACAGGUGGAGGAGAGCCAGGCGCAGGGGGCCAGGCUGCUCUGCGGCGGGCCGGCUGAGCCACCGACGGGCGACUGUGGCACAUCAUUCUAUCCGCCCACCGUGCUCACGGACGUGAAGCCAGGCAUGACCGCCUUUGAGACCGAGAUCUUUGGGCCUGUCAUCGCCAUCACUGAGGCCGAAGACGAGGAGGAUAUCCUGCGGCUCGCGAAUCAAACAAGUUAUGGCCUUGCGGGAGCUGUGUUCACGAAAGACGUGCAGAAGGGGGAGCGGCUCGCUGUGAAGGAGAUCGAAGCCGGCAUGUGCUUCGUGAACGACUUCGUGCGCUCCGACCCCUCCUUGCCCUUCGGCGGGGUGAAAAACUCAGGCCUGGGCCGGGAGUGCGCGGCCUUCGGCAUGCUGGAGUUCGUGAACGUGAAGACCAUCUGCGUGCAAAGGUUCCCAGGGCCUUGUACAGAUUUUUACGGCCCGGCGCUCCCCCGCCUCAUCCCAAUUUACUUCUCGGCAGCCUGUCAGGUGGACCGGGGCGGGGACGUCCGUCUGCGCGGGUCUCAUCGUCUGCGAAGGAACACAAGUCCUUCUCAUGCUGUGCAGGUGCCGACCCAUCCAGGACCUGAGCAUACGCCUUUGGCGUUGGCUUGCUCUCUGGGACACGUGGGCUGUGUGGAGGCUCUCUGCCUGUGGGGGCGCCGCCAGCGGCUGCAGAUCGAUCCCACUGCCCCGCAGGUCACGCCUCUUAACCUGGCCCGCCGCGAGCUGCUCGGAGUCAUUGGGUGGGAAGAUAUUGACACUUCCACUUUAGGCGAUCCACCAAUGAUCAUGGUGGUGAGAGGGCAAGGCACUCUCGAACAGAAGCUUCAGCUAAUCUCGGUUCUAUGCAGCUAUAACUUCUCGGUGGAUGUCCGCGGGGCAAGGGACAGCUGGACUCCUCUCCUGGCAGCAGUGGAGCGUGGUUCAAUUGAGCUGGUUCAAGCUCUGGUGGCUCAGGGCGCCCGCAGCUCGCCGGAUAGUCUCCUCGGCUUCACUCCGCUACACCUGGCCUGCCAGAUGGGCCACUGGCACCUCGUACCCUGCCUGGUCGAGGCCAUGAACAAGCAGUAUCGCAGCAUGUCAGCCUGGGGGCCAUCACCGCAGUACGUGUCUCUGAACGUGGCAGACGUGUACGGAAGGACAGCUUUGGAUAUUGCCCUGCUGCGAUACUUCAACGACGAGUCGGAGAGUUGCGGCACGGCAGCCGCUGCUGAGGGCAACGGCCAAAAGGCUGUAAAUGUGCUCCGCGAGUUCAUCCAUCGUGGGCCAGCCGACGACGCUGGAGUGGUUUGUGGUUGGGAGCUGCUUCAGGUGGUGAACCUGAUCGCCAUUCCGUCGAAGAAGGCGAUGAAUGCCCAGCUUGCAGACUGCAACCGGAUGGUGGAAGGUUCACCGAACUCGGCAAAUGCUGACUCUGGAGAAGCCGACAAGGAAACGGCUGAAGGCUUCAACGACGUGAGGGAGGUCUUGGAGGCUGUCCGACUGCUCGUCAAGGCUGGUGCCCAGACGCGCUUUCUGCUGGAAGACCUCCUGGAGCCUGCGACGAACCCUCCGGUGGCCAGUCCCAUCUUCAAGUCGGCCGUGCAGCCAGCAAGGACCUCGCCGAAAUACAGUUUACAGGAGGGUGAGGUUGGUGAGAUGGAAGACAGCGUAGAUGACGAGAGCUUCACAAGCUGA